UUUAUUUCUCGUAUUUAACUUUUGUAAUGAUAAUUAUUAGCCCAUAUUGAGAAGUGAGCCCAUGUUUAGUUGGGCUAGCCCAUAAUAAUCGUUGUACUAACAUUGUCGUCAUUACUGACAAAGAAAAUAUGACGUGAUCAGUUCUGUAAUUAGUACAAUUUUGAGGAUUACGGGUUAAAUAACCGAAUACAAUGUUGUUUUAGGGGAAAUCUCAGUUUUGUAUUUUCUUAUCAGUUUUUUUAUGAGCUGAAUGUAUAUAUACAAUGUUAUUCCAAUUUUUAGAUUUUCAAUGUUUUAUCAAUGCCAGUUAUCUUAUCACAUUUAUAGAAAAUAAGUUCACUUAUUCGAUAAGUGCAUGGCAAUAAACUAUUAUGACUAAAACUAAACAAUUACAACGUUUAGUACUCACCUAAAUCACAGCAAGCUUAUCAGAAUUGAUAAUUUUCUAACAUAGCUCAAAAUAGUCCAAAAAGAAAUGAAAAAUUGAAAUCUAUAGACAUUUUGGAUUUCUAGGAGUUUAUGGACCAGGUUAGUAUAAUACCUACAAUUAUACUUCCUCCGUUCUUUAAUAUAAGAUGUUUUGCUUGAAUGCACAAGAAUUAAGAAACUUACUUUUAAGAAGAUAAUAUUAUUAAAUAAUAUAAAUUAAAUAUAAGUUAAUCAAUCGUAAAUAAUGCAGUAAAAUAUAAUUGGUUGACCAAUUUUUGAUAAAGUUAAAGUAACUUAAAAGUAUCAAAACAUCUUAUAUUUUGAAACAUCAAAACUUUUCCAAAACAUCUUUAUAUUGUGGAACGAAGAGAUUAUGUAAUAGUAUUAGUUUUGCUUCAAACAUGAUUUGAUCAUAAAAAUUAAGCUUUGUUUUUGAAUUAACCUUUCAGUUGAGUUAAUGGACAACAUGGUAUUUAUAAACAUUUAUAGUCAAAAACUUAUAAGUUACUUAAUUUUGCUUGCCAUCAGGCAAAGCAACGUGAGAUAAUUAACUAGCAUUUUUUCUGAGUGUAAUUAACUAAGUUAGAAGGCAAAACAAGACUAAUUAAACUUAGGGUUUGGCUUUGUGCCUCCCUGCAUUAGGAGAGUUUGACCAAAAGGAGACUCAAUCAGCAAGGGAUCUAAUUUACGAGUCAGUUCUAUUCAUUUGCAUCUACUUUUCUAUUAGAAUUUCUUUCUGAUUAAUAUGACAUAUUUUCCUGGUCGCUUUCUGCUAUUCUUAAAGUCCUUUUAGGCGAAUCUUGACAGAUUUUAUAAAAAAGGGUUUUUGUUGGGUUUCUUUAUGUUUCCCAGAUCUUCCAUCUUCUUUCAUAUAGGGGAGUUAUCACCUUGACUUUGUGGAACAAGAUGGUGAGAGGGAAAAUUGAGAUCAAAAGAAUUGAGAACCAGACAAGCAGGCAAAUCACGUUCUCCAAGCGUAGGAAAGGUCUCUUGAAGAAGGCUCUCGAGCUUUCAGUUCUUUGCGAUGCUCAAGUUGCAGCGAUUGUCUUUUCUCAGAAAGGAAAAAUAUACGAAUUCGCAAGCUCCGACAUGAAGAAGAUGAUGGAACAAUGUGAGAUAUAUAGGAGUGGAUAUUUUCAUGCGGAGAGACUCCAAGAAGAGAGAGAUGUGCAGGAUCUCAAGAACGAAGUAACGGUAAUGGUGAACAGAAUUGAACUUCUUCAACUUCAUUGCCGGAAGCUUAUGGGGCAAGAUUUAGGUUCGUGCUCGGUGGAUGAGCUCAAUGAAAUAACUAUCCAAAUUGAGAAAAGUCUUACUCUUAUCAGAUCAAGAAAGGCUAAGGUGCAUGAAGAAGAGGUAGGGAAACUAAAAGCGGAGAUUGCAGGAACGAGAGAGCUCGUGAACGAGAGAGCUACGCUGCACGAAAUGUUUGAAGAAAAACCCUUGUGGAUGCAGUCGGGGAGCCUAGAGAGUGAAAAUAAUGCAUUAUCAUCAUCUGCUUUUGAAAACAUGAACAUAUCGGACGUUGAAACUGAUUUGUUCAUCGGAUUGCCUAGAAGACAAGUGUAGUCGUAUGUUAAACCAACCGGUUCUCGUUUUCUUAUUUUCCAAGUAUCUAUACGACUUGCAGAAUGUUUUAGUCGUCUCUCUAUUUGCAUAAGCAAUGAAAUACAACGGGUUUUUUUCUUACAAUUUUUUUGCAUCUGUAGAACCGAGUUUAUUUUUCUGAUGCCAAUGGCAUGUUUUUUAUUAUGACCCCAACGUGAUUAAUAAUUUACAAAAUGAACAUCUCUUUCAAAAAAGUAGAAACUUGCAUGAGAUGUGGUAAUAUAAAACAAAAAAAAUCCACUCUGUUAAAAAUCAGAUUGAUGAUAAAUCAUGAAGUAAUACUUAGAAAAUCUGCAAGCAAAGUGUGUACACCUUUAUAAACUAAUAUUUUACAUAGAAA